GGGGGCGGUCAGGCGCGCGGCCGGCGCGAGGCGCGCGCGGCUGGGCUCGGCUCGGAGCGGAGCGGAGCGGGCGGCGGGGGAAGAUGGAAGGAGCCUCCUUCGGAGCGGGCCGGGCGGGGGGGGCCAUCGACCCCCUGGAUUUCCUGAAGCAGCCGCAGACCAUCCUCCGGGUGACGACCUGGAUCUUCUCCAUUGUGGUGUUUGGCUCCAUCGUGAACGAGUGCUAUGUGAACAAGGACAGCCGUGACCCUGACCUGCACUGCAUCUUCAAUGAGAAUGAGAGUGCCUGCAGCUACGGCAUCGCCGUUGGCAUCAUUGCCUUCUUUGGCUGUAUCUUCUUCUUUAUCGUGGACCUCUACUUCCAGCAGAUCAGCAGCGUGAAGGACCGCAAACGGGCCGUCCUGCUGGACCUCGGCUUUUCAGGUUUCUUGUCCUUCCUGUGGUUUGUAGCCUUCUGCUUCCUAGCAAACCAGUGGCAACGGACGACGAUGAGCAAAGGGGUUUUGCAAGGAGCAGACGCUGCCCGGGCAGCAAUCACCUUCUCUUUCUUCUCUAUCAUCGUCUGGGUCGCGCUGGCCGUGAAGGCGCUGCAGAGAUACCGCCUGGGGACGGACAUGUCGCUCUUUGCCACCGAUCAGUUUGCCACCGACCCCAACGCGGCGUACCCCGGCUACCCCACCGGCAGCGGCAUCGAGAGCACAGAGACCUACCAGAGCCCCCCCUUCACCGAGACCUUAGAAGCCAACCCGAAAGGUUACCAAGUGCCAGCGUACUGAGGGGCGAGGGCUGCGUACCAAGAGACCGAGUCCCACGGUGCAGUACAAUUAACCGGUUGAUUGCAAAUGUAUUCAGUCCCAUUUCUUUAAUGUGGCAAGUCAGUGCUGGGUUCCUUACUAUUAGCUAGUUGUGCAGUGAAUUCUGUACAGUGGUAUUGGUUCUUGUCUUACCUGUCCAAGGGUUUUAUAAAAGCAGUGUUCCCUCUAAGUCAGAAGGAAGGAAGGUUGCUACCACAUCACCUACGCGUGGCGAAAGAUGAAUUAAUGCUCUCUCUGAGGCUUGACGCCAGGCAGUCGGCGUUGGGCUCCGCUGAGUGCCCAGGAAAGCCCAGAAUACCUUUUCCUGUUAGAAAACACAGUAGCUGAGGAGUUGUUAUUUAUCUCGUUCUUCCAGAGCUAACACAGAAUCGGUUUCGUGGUGGUGAGGGUGGGUGGGCGACGCUGGCGAGAUCGGCCCUGUGCCGCUCCCGCUGCAGAGCUUUCCUGUACAUGUUCCAUGGAAAGUGCCAAAUUCACAAAGAAAUAAGUGGUAUCUGUGUUACUUUUAUUUGUAUAUAUUUACUGUACAAAAAAAAAAUAAAAAUCCAAACAGGUGUUUCACACUUAGCUUAGGAUGCAAGCGGCAUGGGGGCGGGCACAGCGGGUUGGGGGUUAUGUUGAGUAUCCAAAUUGCUUCUGCACUUCAGCAGGAUUCUGGUUGAGGAUGUGAAAAGGUGACUGAGACUGGAAGCCAGUUCAGCGGUAGUUGGCUGCUAAUUAGGAAUAGCCUUUUAUCAGCAGAAAAUACGGCGCGUUGCAGUUCCACUUCUUCACCGAGGGGUUGGGGAAGUUUGCAAAUUUACAAAUAGUUUCUGGUUGGCAACACUGAACACUUACUCACGCUCAGACUCUGAGCUGCCAACACAGAAGGGGUGGGUGUCUCAGCGCCUCAAAGUCCAAGUCAAUUAGGAGCGGUAUUGAACUUGUAUUUUUAUACUGGGAGCAGCCACUAUCUGUCGUCAGCUGCAGCAGAACCUCAGGGGUGAACGUACGUUUUACCCCGCAGUCUCUCGAAAGGAGGAAUUCAGAGAAUUGGAAAGACGGGACAGGCCAUUGAAGCCUGUCACGUGGGGUUCACGGCCCCGUGUUUGCAAAUAGUGGGAGAAGAGAGCGAAUGAAAAACUCCCGGGCAAGAAGCUGAGUUUUGGUUUUCGGCUGCAAAAUUCCUGCCUUGUCAAAAACUAAAUGUGCAAAAUCCAGUGGGUCCUUGUCAGCAACCUGCCUGCUUUCCCCGCCUGUCUGCCUGCGCGGUGGCUGUGAUCUGAGCUAUUUGUCACUAAGGACUGAGCUGAAACUUGAAUUCCCACCACCUGGAUGGCAGCUCCAUCCUUAGAGGCUCCCGGCGGCUGGCGAGCCAGGGUUUCGCUUUGCUGGUUUACGCCGGCAAAAGUUGCGUGCUGCCUUCUGACCUCGUGACAAGCAAUAGUUACCGGACUGCCCCAGCUCUCCUUGUAGCAAAAACAUCCAGCAGGUUUUUUGUCAUCGUUAACACAGCUCAUUUCUGCUGCUAAAUUGCAAAUAAAUGCAUUAAUUAAUAAGCAGCAAAUCUCAUCACGAGCAGUCAUUAUCAGUGACAAAGUGCAUUACUUGACUCCCCUACUAUUCAGGCCGGGUUAAAUGUGCAUUUGCAGGGAAGGCUGGCUUUGCUGGAGCUGAGCUCCUCCUGCUCGCCUGGCUGGGGCUGCGCAGGGAUUUUUCGGGCAGCAUCUCCCAACUCAGACACUUCUCCCGCACCGCUGCAGCCUCCCCGUGCAGCACGGCCGUACACGGUGGCACCGUGACCUGGCGUCCUGCCGCGGUCCCCACCGCGGUCUUUGCCAACAGCAGAGGUGACCUCUCUCCCUCUGGAUGCCUUUGCACCCACUUUGAGGUCCAAACGCUAGCGGGGUACGUAGCUCUCAGCCCCGCUGCCUGGCCCUGCUGCCUGCAGCGGCGGUGGAGGCAGGAGCAUGAGCAGGAGGAUGUUGCUUUAGCAGAGGUGUCACCUGCUUGGCUAAUGCAAGGAGCAAGGAAGAGGUGACCCAGGGGCAUCUGCUGGUGGCCUGUGCCAGCAGGGCUUGGUGAACAGUGAGACAUCCUUGCAUUAAGUAGACCAGGGACACCCAAACCCGGGUAUGGUAUAAGCCUAAAUUAAUUACGUGACCCUUGUGAUUUUUCCCCUCUUGCUGGGGAAAAAAAAAAGGCAAAGGAUUUUAAUACAGGGUACGGUAGAACUGUAGCAAUAUUUUCCUUAGAGGGAACACUGAAAUUUUAGCAGCACAAACAGUACUUGUGUUAAUAUUUUAGCAAAAUUAUAAUCAAUUUAAAUGUUUAAAUUGAUUGUAUGUGAGAUAAUGUUUGUUCAGUACAUUGUAUUUUUUCUAACUAUAUAACUGUUCCAGAGUUUCCUUGUAACCGUAAAGAACUAAAGCUCUGUCUGACUGCGGGACAUGUCCUGACCCCUGGUGUAACCAUACUGAAUAUUACAACAUCUGAAUGUACGCA